AUGGGCGCUGUGACAUACCGGGAUGGCAUAGCCAUCCUCCAGCUCACUGUGUUUCCAUUCGUCGUCGUUGCUGCGCUGUUCACCUGGAGACGGACUGGUUGGAGGGUCGGCAGCAAGAUCUGGCGAUACGCUGUAACGCUGGGCCUCAUCCGGAUCGCAGGCAGCAUUUCUUCAUUGUUGACCAUCAGCCAUGAUUCUUACAAUGUGGAGGUUGCCGUGGCAGUGUGCGAGCUCAUCGGUAUUGCACCUCUGUUGUUGACCUACGUCGGACUUCUGAGACAAAUUGACAUGGACCAAAGGAUGAAUGCCAGACUACUCCAGCUGCUGACUCUUGCCUGCUUCAUCGGUCUUGUCCUCGGCAUCGCGGGAGUCAGCACCGCCAAUGACAACGAGACCACCUAUCAUGCACACGGCAUGGUCAAAGCGUCCAUGGGCAUCUUCCUCGCCGCCUUUGUCAUCAUCCUCCUAGCCUACGGUUGGCUAUAUACCAAGCUCCGUUAUAACCUGAGGGUGUUUCAGAAGAGGCUCUGUCUCGCCAGUGCUCUUUCUUACCCCUUUCUGUUGGUGCGCUUGAUCUACUCCGCAAUCAGCGACUACACCACCAAUCCUGAUUUUUCGGUUCUGGACGGCAAUGCCACAAUCUAUCUGUGCAUGAGCGUGCUGGAGGAGAUCAUUGCCAUAGGCCUCACUAUGGUUCUUGGAAUGUCGGCAGUGCUGCAAAGGGACUUCGUCAAGCCCACUCCAAAGCCCACCGGGGAGCAGGCUGAGCUUCGACGGGAUAUUGCAGGUGGAUAUGAUGGUGCAUACAACUGA